AUGCAGGUUAAUGACAAGACAAGCGAUGUCACUGCAAAAUUAGGUAAAUACUACAAUCAAGUCUACGACAAGACCGACUUAAAUGGGCAGCUGCACGAGUGGACCAAGACUCUCCAAGGGAUUUCUCAAGAGCUCACAAUAAUAGAAACACAACAAAUUAAUGUCUUAGAUAGCGCACUUAAGGCACGCAUAAUGCACAAAAUAGAGCCGAUUCAGAAGUCGGUUGAGGUGCUGCUUGGGGCGGCUAGGGAGGAUGGGCUUGAGAGAAAGGUGAAGGAGGUGGAUGAGGCGUUACAGAUGGAGCUGUGGAAAUUAUUGGACAAAAUAGGGAAGUUGGAGCAUAUUAAAAGGGAGCAGUUCGACAUAAUUAAAAGAGCGAUAAAAGAUGCGCAGCAUUUUAUGGACAACGGUUUUGACUGGGACUAUAGGUAUAAAGUUCUUGGAAUGUUUGAAGACAUAAAGAGGAAUGUUGAAGACGCUCAUAACGCAUUACAAAAGAAAAAAGGAGAGCUUGCUGGGUGGGUUGGGAAGGCACAGACGGCGUUCAAGUUGAUCAAAAAUGGAGUCGGUUUGAAAGAACUACCAGUGACUAGUAUAGAUAAGAAAUGGACGGAGCUUAAGGGAUAUGUCACAGGAAUUGUUGAGGGUCUUAUUGGCAAGGAAGAGGGUGAUACAGGUGAUGGACCGAAUGGUCUUCUUAAUGAAAUUGAAAAUGGCCUCAUGAAUUAUGGUGGAGGCUUCGAUCAUAAAUUUAAGUCGGCGAUUGGCAGUAUAGUUAAGGAACUGGUUGAUGAAGAUAAAGGAGAAAAGGGGUAUCUGUACACAUAUGUCAGUGAGAAUAAACGUCAGAGAAAAUUCUUAGAUUCUGUGCAAAGUAAUGACAUUCGAACCAUUCUUAAUCAAGUGACGCCAAAAGUUAUAUCUCACAUUACAGAAAAGCUUCAGCAACAUGUCGAGAACGUCAAUAUAAGUGAUGUUCGUGAGAUUGAAAAAAUGUUGGACGCUGUUAAGAGGUGUGUUUCUAAUUUCUCGAAAACUUUUAGUCAACAUAAUGAGCUCCAACACGACACAAUAGCCACAGAAAUUGAAGCCAUGUUUACAUCCGAUCCGCCGUUGUUGCCCGCAGUGUCCUCCGAUUCUCCUGCUAAGCCGUAUCUCACUCAAGCCGUUUCCACCAUCCUUACCGCAGUGAAGUCCGCAGCCCAGCGAGUAAAAGAUGAACUCGAAUCUAUUACCACCGACAAGCUUAACAUAAAAUAUAAGCUGGGGAAAAAUGUAGACGAGGCCAUACAGAAAGUGGAAAGUUUCCGCACCACUUUCGGUCCCACUGCCGGAGAUAUUGAUUUUGCAUUGAAUCAGGUGAAACCAAAAAUUGAUGAACUUGGUGAAAUUUUAGAGGAUACUGGCAUAACACUGAAGACUGAUGUCGACGGGCUGACCAGUGUUCUAACAGCACUUGAUAACCUUAAAAAAGAAAACUCCGGCGGUGUAGAUGGUGAGAUAAACAAAAAGAAGAAAGAAGCCGAUGAGAAAAUGAAUGGGCUAAAAACUGAAAUCAAAUACAAACUUCAUGUCAUCGAAUGGAAUACGAGAGAUGCGGAUGCAACAUUGACACAGGAGAUAGAUGCUGUAGAAAAUGCUAUCAAGGAAUCAUUCCAAACACUCACCUCCGAGGUCCGCACCCUAUUCGCCCAGGGCCACAAAGCCGACCUGGCGGCGCUCAAAACGCUGAUAGAGGAGCAGAAGGAGGAGAUAGAGAAGAUAAUCGAGAAGGAUAAAAGCAACGGUGUUAAGGGGCUUUUAAGAGAAAUCCAUGAUCAUAAUACAACUCUUGAUGAUAUGGCGAAAAUCGCAAAAAGGACAGUUUCCAAAAGCUCCGAAUAUUCCAAAAAUUUCACAGAACUGUCCGACGCACUGAAAUGGUAUUUAGAUGCAAUAUUGUAUUAUACUAAAGACCUAGCGAUGACCACGAAUCCAGAUAAGCCAUCCGAAAAGCGAGGAAAUAAUGAGUCUGCUAAGCUCGACAAAAUUAGACUCCGUGUCGACGCUUUACUGGAAUAUCUGAAAUAUCAUGAUCCCGAUAGAAAGUAUAUUUUUGACCACAAUUCCACCAGAUACCUUACCGAAUUAAAUGAAUCAAUCUCCUCCCUCUCCCCCUCCACGUUCCACGGCUUCCACAACCCGCUGCUCCUCGACGCCCUCAAGGCCGGCAUGGAAAAAUUCACCGAUCAGCUCUCCUGCGCGUACGUGAAUAAAUACAGUGGGAAAAGGUUUGGUCCUUUGACUGAACAAGACAAAACCAAAAAACCAGCAGAUAAAGUCCUUUCCGCUGAGGGCCGCAACUGCGCCAAGGUCUGCCUGACCAUACUGGAGAGGGUGUUCCACGACCUGAGUUGGUUGCUGAAGAAUUGUAAGGAAAACGGUAAUUGGAGAAGUUUACAAAUCAAUACGUAUAGAGAUGUGCCCCUCGGGAAUUUUUUCCAGACGUGUGGAUACACGGUGAAUUCCGAGACAGGCAAGCAGACUGGUCACUUGCAGGACAAGGCGUGUAUGACCGGUCAGAAUAUUCAUGAAUUACUUUUCAGCGAGAGCGAAGUCAAACGUGUCUUCAGGCAUAAAGAUGCCGAUAAAGAUAAAUACGGCUCACUGAGGAAUCUUCACAAUUACCUGGAUGAUUAUUAUUAUGUCACUCACCUAGAAUAUCAUCCAUCACCUAGAGCACCCAGCAACAUUCACCAAAUGCUCCAAUGGCUCCUCGGAUUGUACUAUAAUCCGAUGUUCAGAAAAGUUACCACUUACUUCAAUGAGCUGUUCCCUAAACCUAAAGGGCGGGAGGAAGUGCCGUAUUCCGACUUCAAAACGACGAGCUCAAACUAG